GUCACCAUUUUGAGAGAAAAAGGCUAAAAGAGCCGACUCAGAUUACAGGGCGGAAUAAAACUGCGUCGUUUUGAUGGGAUUCUGUUCAAUGCGUUUCAGCGCCAUGAAACAACCCUCGUUUUUCCCUGACGACGCAGACGAAUAGAAAGACCGCGAGAGUGAGAGUGAGAGAGAGAGAGAGAGAAAGAGAUGGGGAAUCCAAAGCAGAAGUGGACAUCGGAGGAAGAAGAAGCGCUAAAAGCAGGUGUAGCAAAGCAUGGGACUGGGAAGUGGAAGGACAUCCAGAGAGACCCUGAAUUCAAUAAAUUCCUCUCCACUCGCUCCAAUAUUGAUCUUAAGGACAAAUGGCGGAAUAUGAGUGUGGCCAGUGGCCAAGGCCCCAGGGAGAAAUCACGGCAGCCAAAAGCAAAAGCCAACCCAGAUGCUCCCUCUGCUCAACUGUCCACUGCACAGACUUCCACAGCUACUCCGGUACCACGUGAUGCUCUAUCAGGUGCUACUGUCGAUGAUUCUUCCAAGGGUUUAUCAGACGCAAAAACUGCUGCAAUGUAUAAUGCUAUGAUUUUUGAAGUGCUUUCUACCUCUAAAGAUCAAAAUGGAUUGGAUACUAGUACAAUUGCUAGCUUUAUUGAGCAAAGGCAUGAGGUUCCCCAAAAUUUUAGGAGGCUACUAAGUUCAAGGUUGAGAAGGCUGGUUGCUCAGGACAAACUUGAAAAGGUCCAGAAUUGCUUCAAGAUUAAAAGCGAAACCUCUUCGGGUACAAAAACACCCACAAUGAAACAGGAAGACAACCAAUUUGGGAAAGUGCAGAAUGUUAGUUAUGUGAAAGUUACUGAUCCAAUAGAAGAUGCAGCGGUUUCUGCAGCCUACAAGAUUGCAGAAGCGGAAAACAAAUCAUUUGUGGCAGCUGAAGCAAUCAAGGAGGUAGAAAGGAUGUCGAAGAUGGCCGAGGACACUGAAUCAAUGUUGCUGUUGGCAAAAGAAAUUUUUGAGAAAUGUUCACAAGGUGAAGUGCUUUGCUGAUGACAAUAAUAUACAAAUACAGAUAUUUUUGUGGGCUCUUACUAGGACUUGUAAAUUUAGCUUUGCUUGUAGGUUCCAUUUUUUUGUUCAGUUGCCAUGAGAUUCAAUAUUUUUGUUUUUGGUUUUUUUGGUAAAGAUAGUUUUGUACCUGGCUGGUUGUAAGGAAUAAUGACAUUGCACAUCUUCAGUAUUCACCUGGUGAUGUGGAAAAAUUAUGGCAAAUAUUCUGAACUUAAUGUAUCACAAGCUCGAAUGCUGAAAUUCUAUCAUUUUGCUAAUGGUAUAGUUUGAAUUCCUAUGAUCAA